GAGUGACCAUCUAUGAAUUAUAGAGCAAGAGAAAGAAUGAUCAUGAGUUUGUCUUUUGAUGACAUCGAAAACAACUCAGAGGACAGUAUGGCAUCCGUUCAAGAUUCCAGAUAUGGCCAGAAAGAUACAUCUGACCAGAACUUUGAUUACAUGUUCAAACUGCUCAUUAUCGGCAACAGCAGUGUUGGAAAAACCUCCUUUUUAUUCCGAUAUGCUGAUGAUUCCUUUACAUCUGCAUUUGUAAGCACGGUUGGGAUCGAUUUCAAAGUCAAAACGGUUUUCAAAAACGAAAAAAGAAUUAAGCUACAGAUUUGGGACACAGCAGGCCAGGAGAGAUACAGAACAAUUACCACAGCUUACUAUCGAGGUGCAAUGGGCUUCAUUUUAAUGUAUGACAUCACUAACGAAGACUCUUUCAAUGCUGUGCAGGAUUGGUCAACUCAAAUCAAAACCUACUCUUGGGAUAAUGCCCAGGUUAUUUUGGUUGGCAACAAAUGUGACAUGGAGGAUGAACGGGUAAUCUUCACUGAGAGGGGAAAACAUUUAGCAGAGCAACUUGGAUUUGAAUUUUUUGAAACAAGUGCCAAGGAAAACAUUAAUGUCAAGCAGACGUUUGAGCGACUUGUGGAUAUCAUCUGUGACAAAAUGUCAGAAAGUCUGGAGGCGAAUCCCACCAUUGCUGCCAGCAGCCAGAACACACAGCUAAAGGACACCCCUCCUCCACAGCAGCCCAACUGCAGCUGCUAAUGCAGCUAUCAGCAAACGCAGCUCCAGUUUGUUCUGUUGCCAACAGAGUGUCUGUGAAUGGUCUAUAUGCCUUUAUUUACACUGUCUUAUUGAUUUAUUUGAGAGAACAGUCUUGUUUUACAUCAUCAGCUGUUUGAAUAUGCAUAUGGAGAUGGAGCAGUUAUUAGCCUGAAAGGAUGAUCCACAUUUUAGAAUCUGACUUUUGCAUGCAGGGUAUAUAGUAACUUCUCUUCUCUUUUAACUGUUUUACAUCACGCUUCAGCUGGUGUCAUGUCCUCAGAUCAUGUUUGCAUAGAAUUGUCUCUUGCUUCAUGAGUUUCAAGUUAUAUUAGCUGAAUCUUUAGGGUAGUGGUCAGGGUGUUUUGAGUAAGCUUCCUGAUGCUGCUGUACAUUUUACUUACUGAAAAUGAAUUUAGAAGUAUUCCUGUAGUGAGCCAAUCCCUCAUCCUGUCCAGAUCAAUUGCUGGAGCACAUUGCCUUGGCAAAUGUACACUCAUUAUGUUAAACAGCCUGGCUGACUAGAAACUGCAGAAAUUAGAAAGAAAUUAGUUAAUGGGCCCAAARCCACAAAAAUUCCCUGUGAAUUUCCAGUUGGAUGUGGAUAUUCAGUCCAGGCUCUCAGAGAUAUUAGAUAAUUGAUCCUGUUUGGACAGCUAUUGUAUUUACUUUUACAUAUGACCUGCAUGUCUAUCUAAUAAUUGUCUGAAACUGGACUUAAUGUCUCAUUCCAUUGUUAUGUCUUACCUCCCCCUGUAGUGGAAGGCUGGCUAGCUCUUUCCAUUUUUGCCUGCAUGAGAUAUUAACCACAUAGUGCUAUAUUAUGUCAGGCAAAGACAAAUAAUUGUGCUCGGUUGUUCAUAGCCAAAAACUGCCUUGUCACAUUGCUGUCAAACCUGCAUGCUUCAGUUUUCAGGAAUUUCCCAUUCAGUCACUGAGACAGCUACCACCACACUGGCUACGAAAGUCUGCCUUUUACUCAGACCUGUUGCAGAAGUGCUGAUGGUGUCAGUGAACUGAAGUUUGACCUCAUUUUUCCCCCAUUUAUUUUAGCAAGACAAUUAUGAUUUUUAAAACUUUAGGAGUAGUAAAAACCUGUCAACAUUCGUAGUCUUAGGCCAAAUACACUCAAAAGUUCAGCAAAAGGCUGUGAAGAUGGCAGAAUAAAGUACACAGAUUCUUUUUUUGAUACAGUUAAAAUAGUUAAAAUAGUUAUAUUUCACUCCGUUUUUACUCCUCUUGUAUUGGUGGAAAUUUCUUAUAUCUGUGCCCUGAAGUACUCUGUACGACUGCUUUACUUGCAUCAUAGUGACCUUCUUUAACUAAAAAGCAUAAUUGAAGAAGCAUUGAUUGUUUUAUUUUUCCAAUUAGACAAAAUUUAAGACAAGGCUGACAUUAUUUAAACUGUCAGCAAUGGGAUAAAUCUGAAAAAAAAUCCCCAAAAAUUGGAAGUAUCAAUGGUACACCAAAUGACUCACAAAAGCAAAGAAAUACUUCUGUACAGAUUAUGUUUGUUAAAAGUAAUUUAUAUAACUCCUGAUACACACUAAGAUAAAAUGGUUACUUUUUUGUGGAUUAUUUUAUGUAGAUUAUUUAAUUAGCAUCACACUCUGAUACAGUAAAAAUUACUUYCAAACAAGGCUUAUAGACACAUGUAAAAUGGAUUUGCCAGGAGAAUGUUACAUGGGCUGCCAAACUUAAGUGAAUAAAUGUUCUUUCUUCAGUCUGGGUUUUAAAACCAUGUCUGUCCUGUUAGCUAGUUUACUUAAGCACUUUUUUUCCCUUGUAGACAUGGAGACUGAUUUACCUCCAUGAAGAGAAAGCACCCUCCUCUUUAGGGCGAAUGUGUAGCCAGGUCAAAGAGGCAUGUGCUAUCCGAACCAUGAUCCUGUCUCUCUCCAGGGUGUUGUUGCUUUUCCCCCUGCCAAGAUAGCAUGUUGCUAACUGUGCUGAGAGACUUUCACUGGUACCUUUUCACCCACAAGGUACCUACUGAUCUGAAAAGAGAGAAGCAAUGUAAGGUUGAGGAAGCUUCAUUUGAGAUGGUUGGUGGGAAGUUUUCCUUGCUUUUCUUGUUGUUUCAGUGAUUCCUGCUCGAGACAAAAAAAGCAGGAAAGCCUUGAGACAGAAUGCGUCAGCUCUCAAGUGCUUUAGACAAAUUUUAGGUUGCAUUAUUAGUCUGAACCAUCUCAGGCAAGGGGAGGAGAGAUAUAAUCACGUUGUCAAUGAGCUUAGGCAUAUCCUGGAUCAUGCAGCUUGGCUAGAAGUGCAAGUAUCCUUCCAGCUUUGCUCUGAGAUGCUUGCUGUGAAAUGGUCAUCUCCUGUGCAAAAUGCAACAAGGAAGAAGGGCUUCAAGAUGCCCCUUGCUGCAUCCACACUUUGCUUGUAUUCCCUUGCAAUGAAUUUUAGACCCUCCCUGCCUGCUUAUGACCAUUUAGACUCUUAAUUGGUGGUAGAAAUACAUUAUUAGCAUAUAUAUUUUUAAACAAAUUGAGUGGUAGCUAAUUCAUUACAUAAAGGGGAUUAACUGCUUUUUAUUUUGCAUCAGGAGUCUGGGCAGAAGAGUUACAGCAAAAUAUAAGAGGAAGAACCUCUGCUCCAUGUUUCUGAGGCAACUAACCUCCCAGGCCUCCACAUAUAUUUGGCCUUCUGUAUGGGAUGUGGUGGCUGGAAGAAGCAGUUGUCAGAGUAAUGUUGUUCCUUAGAGUGCCAAAAAUGUGUUAAAAGGAAAAAGCUCAUCUGAAGUACAGCAGCAGAACGAGUCAGUAUCAAAAUCUCCUAGAAACUUUGUACUAGCACUCAGACAUUUUUACAGAGUUCAGAAUUAGAUUAAUUUUUAAAAUGCUCAGAUUAAAUACUUGGAGUUUUUCAAGACUGUUUAAAACCCUGGGAAAACUGCUCAGCCCUCUCAACUGACACUGUUUUGAGUAGAAGGUUGGAAACCAUGACCUGCUGAGGUUCCAUCAAACCAAAUUUAUCCUAUCAUGACUGAAAUUGAAAAUGCAUGGAAGUUCAAGCAGACCUUUUCUUAAAAAUCUGGGUUACCUACUCUUGGAAAAGUAGGCUUUGAUUCUUCAGCUGAGAUUUAUCCUCUUGAAAAGAUAGAGUGAUUGAUAUGGAGAACGUGUUAAAUUUCUGAGAGAUGAGAUGCCUUUGGGCAGAGGGUCYUGAGCUCCACAGUGCCAGCUGAAGCUGAACUAAUAGUACACAACCCAUUUUCCAAGUUAUGAUCUAGACAAAAAUUUACAGCAGCAGGCUAAUCCUGUACAUGAGCAAUGCACCAGCCUUACCAUACUCUGACAACGUGUUUCUUGCUGCACCUUCAAGCUGCUGGUCAGGAAAUGCCUUGGGAGCAUCCAGGAGCUGGGGAUUGAUUGAUUCCUGUGGUGUCUCUGGCACAAACCUGCCAAACAGCUAACCAGCCCUKCUGGGUUGAACUUUCAGAUGCAUGUUUUUGAUUAUUUUAAGAGUUCACAGAUUACAAGUGCAACUGACUUAAUACUGUAUCUGUUAUUUUUGGUGAUGGUGAUUAAUUUUGAUUCCUUUGGUGUUUUAAAUAUAUAUGUACUAGCCUAAUUYUCUGUCAAAAAGUACUCUUUCUCUCUGAACAGCUGUGUAAGUGACUGUUAUCUGGAACUGUUUGUUCCUAUGUGCUUAUACUUAAUGUAAUGUCUGGAGAAAAUUACCUGAGUAACUACAUCUAUGUGGCCUUUUCCAGAGCACCAGUCUGAAAGAUUUUCCUCCCAGUCUGCUCAGCUCUGAAUAUUCAGCUGUUCCACCUGCACCUUCUUUAUUUUAGAAAUGAAGUGCUAUUUCAGGAUGCACAAAAUUUGGUGGAGUUUGAUCCUAACUUUGAGAAUACUUUGAGUUUUCCAUUUUUAGGGAAAAAAGUCACAAAAAUUCUACAUUUGAUGGUUAUAAAUUUGUUUCUUCAGAGGAGACAAAUGAUGCUGCAGUUCCAAGAGAACCCUUCCAAACUCCGCCCCUCCCCAGCUAUUGUUUUCUGUAUUUGUUUUUUGAGAUGUAUAUUUUAUCAUUGGCAUUUUUGGCAACAUUUGGCAACUAAAUUUCUGUUCAGCUGACAGACCAAUUCCUCCUUGGCCUGUUUCCUAUAGACACACAAUUUAUGAGUCUAGCUCUUUGCAUGACAGAUUUAGCGAUGUGAGACCAUCAGUUUGAGUCCUCAUAGGUAAACUCUCAGGGGGUGUAAAGCAACAUGCCUUCACUUAUGCCAAUAGGGGAAUAAAUUGUGUUAAGUUGUACCAUUUAAUUAUUUAAGGGUAAAUGCAGUUUUCCUUUGCAAAUUCAGCUUCUUUGUUUUUUUUUCUUUUGUUUAUCCAUGGAUGUUCAGUGAAGCAGGAUUCCUGACUACACAUGUAUUAG